CGCUACCUACCCAUCUUUAUUUCUCUCUUACAAAGGCUAACAAAUUCGUUCUUGUUACAGCUAAUUUGGGCAUCUAGGGUUUCUGAUUGUUUGAUUGGAGAUGGAAACAGCAACUGCUCUGCGGUCAUCUUUUGGUACCUGUAUUAGACCAUCGAAUAGAAACGAUUUAGGGCGCUCUCGCAAUGGAUCUAUCGCGUUUGCUACUGUCUCAAAUAAGCGCUUCCCUUCAUUUUCUCAUCCCAGAGUAGGACUCCGAAGUGUAUAUUUUCCGAGUAAUAAGAAGAGAACUGCAAUAAAAGCUUCAUUAUCUUCUGAUUCCGCUGGACCUACUUCACCAAUUGCUCCACUUCAGCUUGAAUCUCCAAUCGGACAACUCCUUUCACAAAUUCUGGUUAGCCACCCACAUUUGGUACCUGCUGCAGUUGAACAGCAGCUUGAACAGCUUCAAACUGAUCGUGAUGCUCAGGAACAAAAUGAGGAACCUGCUGCCCCGAGCACUGAUCUCGUCUUGUACAGGAGAAUUGCUGAAGUGAAAGCUAACGAAAGGAAAAAGACCCUUGAGGAGAUUUUAUAUGCUUUGGUGGUGCAAAAGUUCAUGGAUGCCAAUGUUUCUUUGGUUCCAUCUGUAGCUCCCUCACCUUCAGCAUCUUUCAAACCAGUCGACGCAUGGCCCAGCCAAGAUGAGAAACUUGAGCUGCUUCAUUCCCCAGAAGCUCUAGAAAUGAUUCACAACCACUUGGCUCUGAUUCUGGGAAAUCGUGUCGGUGAUUCCACAUCGGUUGCUGAGAUCAGCAAACUGAGAGUCGGGCAGGUAUAUGCAGCAUCCGUGAUGUAUGGUUACUUCCUCAAACGAGUUGACCAGCGGUUCCAGCUCGAGAAAACAACAAAAAUCCUCCCUGAAGAUGUAGAAAAAGAAGACAUUAAUAGUAACAUCCAACAGCAGGGGUCAGGAGACGAAAGGGUGCCAAAUGCUAGCAGUCCACAAACUCACCCUGAAGUGAGUUCGUGGUCGGGUGGUGGUUUUACGCAAGCGGUGAAACCUUCUCGGUUAAGGAACUAUGUGAUGUCGUUUGAUGGGGAAUCUCUUCAACGUUAUGCGACCAUAAGAUCAAAGGAGGCUGUUAGUAUCAUCGAGAAACACACGGAAGCGUUGUUUGGUCGACCGGAGAUUGUGAUAACGGCAGAAGGAACGGUUGAUUCUUCAAAAGACGAGGUCAUAAAGAUAAGUUUUGGUGGGUUGAGGAGACUGGUGUUGGAGGCAGUAACAUUUGGGUCCUUCUUGUGGGAUGUUGAGAGCUAUGUGGACUCCAGGUACCAUUUCGUAGGAAAUUAAGUUACCAAGCAGCAGCAGGGUUGUAAUAGAUUGUAUAUAAACUAAACAAAACUACUACCAUGCCAUGGGUUUGUUUCAGAUUUAGCCACCAUACAAACACUUGAUUUGGAUUUCGGAUUCUUUUUCUUUGUUUAAACAUGGUCAUUUGCUCUUCA